AUGGCUUUAAAACAUGUGAUUAUCUUAUUGGCCCUUGCUUUAGUCUUAGAGAAUGCAAUAGCAACAAGGAGCCUAGGAGUUAUGCAAGGAUACAACAUAGCAGCAAUGCUUCGAAACUCUGGAGAGCUUGCCAAUUGUUGUAACACACUCAUGUACCUGAAAUCCUGCUCAAAUGAGAUUGUUUCUUUCUUCAUUAACCGUCGAGGCAGUCUUGACCCUUGUUGCUGCCGCGUAAUUGCCACCAUUAGCCAUACUUGUUGGCCAGCCAUCCUUUCUUCCUUUGGAUUCACACCUACACAUGGUGUCGUAUUGCAAAGCCAUUGUCAUGCAGCAUCUGGUUCAACUGCGUCUUCUGCUAGCUCUUUGAUUCUGCACAAUAGCAUCCAACUAUUAGAUGAUGAAUGA